CCGAGACCGCCGACAUGCAGUUUGCUAAAAGUGUUGCAGAGCUGCAGAGCGAGAUGAAGUACAAAAAGGGAAAGAGAGACGUGUCGAGCUCUCUGUUUUCCACCCUGCCGGAGACUCAGGAGUCGCUGCGCGCCAAAGAAGCCUCUGAUCUGCAGAGUGAGCUGAAGUACAAAGCUGGCCUGAAGCAGAGUCUGUCCUCCAGCCUGUUCCACCUCCUGCCUGAGACGUUAGAGACGGCCCGGGCGAAGGAAGUCUCCGAGCUGCUCAGUGAGGUCAAGUAUAAAGAGGACGGGAAGAAGGAGCUGAACAUGAGCCUGUACUCUGUGCUGCCCGAGACCCUCGACACUCAGCGUGCUAAAGAGGCGUCAGAGCUGCAGAGCGAGGUGAAGUAUAAAGAAGGCCUGAAGCAGAAGAUUCAGGGCAGUUUGUACCAUCAGCUCUCAGAGACCACAGAGACACAGCUGGCCAAACAGCUGUCUGAGCUGCAGAGUGAGAGCAAAUACAAGGAGGCCGGUAAGAAAGAGGCGAACACCUGCCUGUACUCCCUCCUGCCUCACACCAUGGAGACACAGCAUGCCAAAGAAGCUGCAGAGCUGCUCAGUGAGGUAAAAUACAAGGAAAGCGGGAAGAAAGAGAUGUCCAGCUCCCUGUACGCCGCUCUGCCCGACACUAAAGAAACCAGCUUUGCCAGAGAGAUGACUGACGUGCUGAGUGAGAACAAAUACAAGGAGAACAUGAAGAGAAAUCUCUGUCAGAGUUUUUACUCUCAGCUACCAGAAACCACCGAGACUCAGUUUGCUAAAACUGUCUCUGAGCUGCAAAGUGAGAUGAAGUACAAAGAAGCAGGAAAGAAAGGCGUGUCGAGCUCCCUCUAUUCAACUCUACCUGAGACUCUGGAAACGCAGCAUGCUAAAGAGGCGUCCCAGCUCCAGAGUCAGCUGAACUACAAGCAGACUUUAAAGAACAAUGGCCCCAGUCUUUACCAUCUGAUGCCAGAAACCAGCGAAACCCAGUUUGUCCGCCAGCAGACGGAGAUGCUUAGUGAGGUCAAGUACAAAGAAGAUAAGAAAGAGAUGAGUGUCAACUUGUAUUCUCUGCUCCCCGACACACUCGACACCCAGCAUGCUAAAGAGCUGACGGAGAUGCAGAGCGAGGCUAAAUACAAAGAGGCCAGUAAGAAGCAAACAUCCGCGUCUCUGUACCACCGGCUACCUGAAACUCUAGAGACACAGCAUGCUAAAGAAGCUUCACAGCUGCAGAGUCAGAUCUCAUAUAAAGAGGCUGUUAAGAAGUACUUGUCAUGUCCAGUUUACCACCUGCUCCCUGAUACUCUGGAGACCCAGUUCACCCGAGAGGUCACUGACCUGCAGAGCCAAAACAAGUACAAGGAGGAGGGGAUGAAGAGCCUGUCGCAGAGUAUCUACUCUCAGCUGCCUGAAACGGCUGAGACAAAGUUUGCUAAAACGCUGUCUGAGCUGCAGAGCGAGACAAAGUAUAAGAAGUCGGGGAGGCAGGAGGCCAGCAGCAGUUUGUAUUCUCUGAUGGCUGAAACUCUGGAAACUCAGCACGCCAAGCAGACCUCACAGAUGCAGAGCCAGGUGAAGUACAGGGAGGACGUGCAGAAGGAGCUGUCGUCCGCUCUGUUCUCCGGCCUUCCUCAAACCCCGCAGACUGAGCUGGCUAAAGAAGUGACAGAGCUCCAGAGUCAGGUAAAAUAUAAGGAGGGCUCUAAGAAGGAAGUGUCCUCCUCCCUCUUCCACCUCAUGCCCGAAACACCAGAGAUGCAGUUUGCCAAGCAGAUGUCGGAGAUCCAGAGUGUGACAAAGUACAAGCAGGACAAGGAAGAUCUGCCCAACACUUUAUACUCACUGCUGCCUGAAACUCUGGAGACUCAGUUUGUUAAAGAGAUGGCUGAGACACACAGCGAGGUGAAGUACAAGCAGGCAGGGAAGCAGCAGACAGCCUCUUCUCUUUACUCCAGACUGCCCGAAACUCUGGAGACCAAACACGCCAAAGAAGUGACUGAACUGCAGAGUGAAAAAAAGUACAAAGAUGAAGGGAGGAAGGAGAUGACAUCGUCUCUGUACUCUCAGCUCCCUGAAACUACAGAGACCCAGUUUGCCCGAGAGAUGACUGAACUACAGAGCCAGAACAAAUAUAAGGAAACUGGGAAGAAGAGCCAGACUGUCAGUGUGUAUUCCCAGCUGCCGCAGACCAACGAGAUCGAGUUUGUCAAAGCUGUAUCUGAAAUACAAAGUGAGACCAAAUAUAAAGAAGCAGGGAGGAAGGAAGCCUCCAGCUCUCUGUACUCGAAGCUGCCCGAGACUCUGGAAACUCAGCACGCCAAAGAGGUCGCCCAGCUGCAGAGUCAGGUGAGGUAUAAACAGGAUGGGAAGAAGGAGGCGAGCAGCUCUCUGUAUCAUCAGCUACCUGCAACCACAGAGACAAAGCUGGCCAAAGAGCUGAGAGAGAUCUACAGUGAGGUGAAGUACAAAGAGGAGGGUAAGAAGGAGGUCAGUAAGAACUUGUACUCGCUUCUCCCAGAGACGGCAGAGACACAGUUCGCCAAGCAGAUGUCAGAGAUACAGAGUGAGGUCAACUACAAAAAGGACAAAGAGGAUCUGCCCAACACUUUAUACUCACUGCUGCCUGAAACUCUGCAGACUCAGUUUGUCAGAGAGAUGGCUGAGACACACAGCGAGGUGAACUACAAGCAGGCAGGGAAGCAGCAGGCGGCCUCUUCUCUUUACUCCAAACUGCCCGAAACUCUGGAGACCAAACACGCCAAAGAAGUGACUGAACUGCAGAGUGAAAAAAAGUACAAAGAUGAAGGGAGGAAGGAGAUGACAUCGUCUCUGUACUCUCAGCUCCCUGAAACUACAGAGACCCAGUUUGCCCGAGAGAUGACUGAACUACAGAGCCAGAACAAAUAUAAGGAAACUGGGAAGAAGAGCCAGACUGUCAGUGUGUAUUCCCAGCUGCCGCAGACCAACGAGAUCGAGUUUGUCAAAGCUGUAUCUGAAAUACAAAGUGAGACCAAAUAUAAAGAAGCAGGGAGGAAGGAAGCCUCCAGCUCUCUGUACUCGAAGCUGCCCGAGACUCUGGAAACUCAGCACGCCAAAGAGGUCGCCCAGCUGCAGAGUCAGGUGAGGUAUAAACAGGAUGGGAAGAAGGAGGCGAGCAGCUCUCUGUAUCAUCAGCUACCUGCAACCACAGAGACACAGCUGGCCAAAGAGCUGAGAGAGAUCUACAGUGAGGUGAAGUACAAAGAGGAGGGUAAGAAGGAGGUCAGUAAGAACUUGUACUCGCUUCUCCCAGAGACGGCAGAGACACAGUUCGCCAAGCAGAUGUCAGAGAUACAGAGUGAGGUCAACUACAAAAAGGACAAAGAGGAUCUGCCCAACACUUUAUACUCACUGCUGCCUGAAACUCUGCAGACUCAGUUUGUCAGAGAGAUGGCUGAGACACACAGCGAGCUUAAGUACAAAGAGGCGGGCAGGAAGGAGGCCAGCAGCUCUCUGUACCACCAGCUCCCCGAGACUCUGGAGACGCAGCACGUUAAAGAGGUUACUAAGCUGCAGAGCGAGAACACCUACAAGCAGAGCGGGAAGAAGGCGAUGUCGUCCAGUUUGUACUCUCAGCUGCCGCAGACGGCCGAGACGCAGCUCGCCGCCAAGAUGUCCGACCUGCAGAGUGAGUGUAAAUACAAGGAGGACGGCAUCAGAGGCCUCUCUCAGAGUCUCUACUCUCAGCUAGCAGAAACAGCUGAGACCCAGCUGGCUAAAACGGUCUCUGAGCUGCAGAGUGAGGCCAAGUACAAGGAAGCGAGCAGGAAGGAGGCGACCGGCUGUCUGUACCAUCGGCUGCCCGAAACCCCGGAGACCCAACAUGCUAAAGAGGUUACGGAGCUCCAGAGUCAGGUGAAGUACAAGGAAGGAAGGAAGGAUCUGAGCACCAACCUGUACUCGCUGCUGCCUGAGACAGAGGAGAUCAAGUUUGCUAAAGCAGUGACGGAGCUGCAGAGUGAGAAUAAAUACAAGCAGAAAGGCAGACAGGAGAUCAGCAGCAGUGUUUUCCACCACAUGCCGGAGACCAAAGAGAUGGAGUUCGUUAAACGCAUCUCUGAGCUUCAGAGCGAGUCAAAGUACAAGAAAGACAAAGAGGAUCUGCCCAACACUUUAUACUCGCUGCUGCCUGAAACUCUGCAGACUCAGUUUGUCAGAGAGAUGGCUGAGACACACAGCGAGAAUAAAUACAAGGAGGCGGGUAAGAAGGAGAUGGUUAAAUGUCUGUACUCUCUGCUGCCCGAGACCAAAGACACUCAGCAUGCCAAGGAGCAAAGCCAGCUGUGCAGCGAGAAAGUUUACAGGGAGGAGAGCAAGAAAGACGCCGGCUGCAGUCUGUACGCUCAGAUGCCCCAAACCAUCGAGACCGUGUUCGCCAAAGAGCUGAGCAAGACGCAGAGCGACAAGUUCUAUAAGGAGCAGUACAAUCGGGAGAAGGGGAAGUCCAACUACACCAACAUGAAGACGCUGCCGGAGGUGGAGCACGCCAUGGAGGUCUCCAAAAACCAGAGUGAUGUCAGCUACAGGAAGGGUAAAGAGGAGCUUCAUCACUACAACACGGUGCCCGACAGACCCGACAUCGUCAACGCUGCGAACGCUGCUAAACUGGCCAGCGAUGUGACCUAUAAGAAUAGUACCAAGCAGCCUGUUUACAGCGAUGAAUCUCUUCUGGCCAGAACCGACAUCCAGCACGCCACAGAGGUCUCAAAGCUGGCCAGCCAGGUGAAGUACAAGGAGAGCUUCGACAGACAGUUAAAGGGACAAAAGCCUCAGUACAACCCGCUGGAGUGUGUCUCCUUCAAACAGACACAGGCUGCUGCUGCUCUGGCCAGUCAAGUGAAGUACAAAACCAACCAGAACCACAAAGCAGAAGGUUCCUCAGACCUGCCGAACCUCCUCCAGCUCGAGCAUGCCCUGCACGCCAGCAAGCUUCAGAGUAAUGUGGAGUAUAAGAAGAAGUACGAGCAAACGAAGGCUCAGUACCACAUAGCUCUGGACACGGCUGAACAGCGCCACCACAAGGAGAACGCAGUGCUGCACAGCCAGGUGAAGUACAGAGAGGACUAUGAGAGGAACAAAGGUCGCUCUCUGAUGGAGUUUGGAGACACUCACAUCUACAAAGUGUCCAAAGAAGCCCAGAAGAUGCAGAGUGAGAAGGAGUAUCGGAGGGACUACGAGGAGCAGAUGAAGGGCAAAGCCUUGUUGGACGUUGACCAGACUCCUGGAUACCUGACAGCCCGCCGUGCUGGCAGCCUGCUGAGCGAGAAAGAGUACAAGAAGGAUCUGGAGCAGGAAGUGAAGGGGCGGGGCUUAUCUGGUGUUGGUCUUGAGGAGACACCUGAGCUGCUGAGGGUUAGAAAAGCCAAUCAGAUACUGAACCAGAAGGAGUACCGCAAAGAUUUGGAGAGGGACAUUGUGGGCAGAGGUAUGGAGCUGAGUGCUGAUGUCCUAGAGAUACAAAGAGCCAAGAGAGCCUCAGAGAUCCAGAGCCAGAAGUCGUACAAGCAGAUGGAGCAGCUCAGAGAAAACUCUUACGGGACAGUUACAGACACCCCUGAGCUGCUGCACGCCUCCUACCUCAGAGACAUCUACAGCCAGAAGAAGUACAGAGACGAGGCGGAGCGGCUGAAGGGACGCUACAGCGCGGUUUCAGAGACCCCGGAGAUGCAACGGGUCAGAGCCAACCAGAGACACAUCAGCUCCCUGCGUUACUGCUGGGACUCGAAGCUGAUGAGAAACCUGACGUCAUCGGUCACGGAGACGCCAGAGAUCGUCCUCGCCAGAGAGAACGCCAAGAAGAUCAGCGACGUGCAGUACAGGGAGGAGGUGGGUCGCGGCACCGCCGUCAUGGACACGCCUGAGAUGGAGCGAGUCCGACGCAACCAGGAGAACGUCAGCUCAGUCAGAUACAGGCAGAGCGCGGUGAAGGCCACGAGCAUCGGAGUGACCCCAGAGCUGGAGAGAGUCAAACAAAACCAGGAGAACAUCAGCUCGGUGAAGUACCAGCGCGGGCUGCAGGAGGUGAGGGGGCGGAGCUGUAAUGAGCUAGACACACCUGAGUACAGACGUGUCAGGAAAACACAGGACUCGAUCUCCAUGGUAGCGGUCCGGUUGCCGUGGUUCCCGUCCGUGCAGUGGGAGGAGCUAAUAUGAGUGAUGUGCAACACGGGUGGGACUGCAGCACGGAUACUAACAAACACCCACAAGCUGACAGCACGGAGGACAGAGCAGCCUGUGUGUGUGUGUG